GUUGGGAGUAGGCAUGUAACCCACAUGCUGGACUUUGACCUGGUAGAAACGGGCCUCUGUGUAUAAAAGUUACACUGUAUGGGAACACAGAUCUUGGCUCACUGAGGAUUUGGAGAUCAAGCCAUAUGUCUGGGUUUUGAUACAACAAGACCAGGGAAUGUCCAGCAUGAUGAUCUCUAUAUUUCUGACAGGGCUCUGCUUCCUGUUUCUCGGGCCCACUUGUUGCAGUGGCAGCAGGAUCCUAGUAGUGCCCGUUGAUGGCAGCCACUGGAUCAACAUGGAGGUGAUCCUCCGAAAGCUGCACUCCAGAGGCCACAUCAUGACUGUGCUGCGCUCUGACAAGAGCUGGUACAUCCCUAGUAACUCUUCCAUUUUUACUUCUAUUAAUGUGACCAUGCUGGAGGAUGAGACGGCGGACAUUAACUACUACAAUAAAAUGCUACUAGAUGUUAUGGAAUGCCGUAGGUUGCCGACGUUUAUGCGCACCUUCUAUCAACAGUACUUAAUCACAUCCCUGUUGGCAAAGGGCCAUGGGAUCAUGGCCAGAUCAGUUGCUACAAUGUUAGAUGACCCUGUUUUUAUGAAAAAAAUGCAAGACUCUAAGUUUGACUUAAUAUUAACGGACCCUGCUCUGCCUAUAGGUGUUGUUUUGGGUAGUUACCUUAAGCUGCCAAUGGUUUUCAAUGUGCGCUGGAUUAAUACUGGAGAGGGCCAUUUGACCAUAGCUCCCUCUCCAGUCUCCUAUGUUCCCGUGUCAGGAAGUGAACUUCACGAUCAGAUGGAUUUUCUGGAAAGAACCAAGAAUAUGUUACAUUCUAUCUAUAGUUUUGUUGAACAGCACUUUUUCAUUAACCCUGCCUACUCAGAUGUGUUCCAGCGGUAUUUCCCUCCUGGAACUGACUUGCUGUCUUUGCAGCUUGCAGCUGAUAUCUGGCUGGUGAGGACGGAUUUUGUCUUUGAGUUCCCUCGGCCCACCAUGCCCAAUGUGGUCUACAUAGGGGGGUUCCAGUGCACAAAGUCUGGUCCUCUUCCUGUUGAGCUGGAAGCCUUCAUGCAGAGCUCUGGAGAGCAUGGGGUUGUGGUCAUGUCUUUGGGGUCGCUGGUGUCAGCCCUGCCUCGUGAGACUACAGAGGCCAUUGCUGCUGCUUUUGCUCAGCUACCUCAAAAGGUGGUGUGGAGGUUUGUGGGUGAAAGGCCUUCAUCCUUGGGGAACAACACCCUUCUGGUUAAAUGGCUCCCUCAGAAAGACCUCCUGGGACACCCCAAGACUCGUGCCUUUGUAGCCCACGGAGGCACCAACGGCAUGUAUGAGGCCAUUUACCAUGGUGUUCCUGUUCUGGGCCUGCCACUCCUCUUUGACCAGUUUGACAACCUACUUCGGCUAAAGGAACGUGGGGCAGGUCGGGUAAUGGAGGCCAACUCACUCACCAAAGAAGACUUCCUGGAGGCUCUAAAGGACAUCCUGGAGACUCCCGCGUACCGUAACAACAUACAGCGUCUCUCACAGUUACACCACGAUCAGCCAAUGUCUCCUAUGGACACCGCCAUCUUUUGGAUUGAGUACGUCAUCCGGAACAAAGGAGCAGCCCAUUUGCAAUCAGCAGGUUUUAGUCUGCCUUGGUACUCCUACUUCUGCCUGGAUGUGGCUGUUUUAAUUAUGGCCCUCACUGGAGCCUUUGUCUGGGCUUCAGUCUUAGUCUGUAAGGUUAUCUGCUGCCGAAGUUCUCGGAGAAAGAGCAAAGCUGAGUAACUAAUUCGAACAUAACUUAUACUUAAUGCCUGCUGUAAGGGAAAUUAUACUGCACAAUUAAAAACAUUGUCAUGUUUGAACAUGUUUAUUAUACGUAAUCCUUAUUACAGAUGUCCUAAACUGCACUGCACGUAUAAUCAUGAAGUAUUUUUUCUUUGUUGAUCAUACAUCUUUUCCAUGUAUCCUUUACUCUACUGAACCUUAGCCUGAUUGUUUAUGAGAGUUACAUAUCUUGAUAUUUUCCAUGGCAAUGUAUUAAUACACGGACGGCAAGUACUGAUCUUUUAUUAUAUAAAUCAAUCUUUUAUUAUGUAAAUUGCACAUGAGAAUUUAAUAAUAUCCAUACCAUAAUAUCGUAUUGUGUGGCUUCUGGUGAUUCCCAUCCCUAAUUUCUGCAUCAAAUUCUAAACUUUGAAUCAAUCUCGGAACCCAUCGAUCUGAUGACAAUUUAGCCUCUGGGGGCAACAGCCAAUAUUUAGGGGGUUACAAUGUAGCCAGUGGAUAUCUGAGCCAAAACCUCCUCUUCUGCACACCGGCCGUUGUUUACCUGGUUUCAGAUUAGCAACUUGAGAUGCAAGAAUAGAGUUGAAGUUGAGAGACGAUGUCUCCGAGCGGAUUGUUUCUCUGCAUAUGAAUGCAGAUACAUGUUAAAAAAGCUAAUAAAAAGCUUAGUCAUUGUCAGAAGAUAGCAAAUGGUUUCCAAGAUUGUAUUUUGACCAAUGUGCUCCACCUUUUUUUGCUCUCCACACAGACUAUUUACCUGCAUGCAACCAAAGCUCACUCGAACGUGAUUGGUCAAUACUAAUCGGACUACAAACGGAAACCGGAUCGCUUUCGAUACCAAAAUCUUGUCCUGUUGCCUACAGAUUGUGCAUGUAGAUAUCGGUUUAUAGAGAUAAGUCAAAAUGUCAGCUUUGGGGAAAAAUCUGGAGCUGUUUUUAUAUUAAUUAGCUUAAAAUGUUAAUCAAAGUCUGCUAUUUUCAAGCUUUUCUAAGUUGGUUUCAAUAAUUGCAGUUCUAUUUUGAUUACAAAAAACAACUUUAUGGGUAAAGUGUGUUAACAAAAUGAUCUGACCUGAGAAUCAACAGGUGAUAGGUGGUAUAACAACCCAAAUUGAGGUUUUGUUUACCUAACAGUAGCAACACAUGUAUAUUAUCAUAUCAUUCAGAAUGUUUUAUCAAAGAUCUCACCGACACAAAUGGUGACAGCCUCCACCUUACAGCCUGA